ACGUUUACUGCGCGUACAUAUGCCAUCUUCUCUCGGAGUACAAUCGUUCUGAUUUACCUCACUGCCAUCGGAUUGGCGUGCAUCAUACUCGAUAUUGUUUGGCUUUCAAUACCGUCGCAUCGGCGUAUAUGCUAAACAGGAACGAUAGAUGCAUGUCCCGGGUGUGAGAUGCAUUGAAUCAACAAGCGAUCCUUUUGGUAUUCGUUCUUACCGGCGGAUGCAGAGAGCAGUACUAAAUGCUUUACUACAGAGUCUACUCCUCUCGAUAUUUUUGGUCGUGUUUGAGUACUCGUCUGCAAUACUCAUGACAAUCCGAAGUAUCCAAGCGUUAAGGAUUGGUGGACCUUGGAGCAUUCAACGCCGGAGGCUUAUAUACGUGAUAUUUGAGCAAGGCAUGUUCUACUUUUGUGUUGUCACAUUAUUCACAAAGGCAGCUGUUGUGCUGAAUUUCGUUGCCCCGGCGGGAUUUUUCCAGCGACCACUUAACGCCUUGACGCUUCCACUCUCGGGCUUACUUACUGCUAGAUUCUUGCUCCGACUCCGCGCUUGGGAGCACAAACAGUCCACAUUGAUGACCAGCAGCAAUCAACGGACAUCUUCGAAUCAGAUACCAUCGAUAGAAUUCCGUGUGCUGUCCGUGAUAGACGAGUUUGGUGAAGAUCCAGUUUCGGUGGCGGAGCGUCGUCAGUCUGAGGGUGAGAAUGUGUUGGAGGUACAACGGGGCACAAGUACUGGUUACGGUGAAAACAAUGAAUAAAUAGUAGUGAGGUAUACACUGUCUCGGAUCUUCUAACAAUUAUCAGUUUAGAUAUGCAGCUAGAUAGCCGUAACCCUAACAAAGUAACAAUCUAGUGCAACACCGAGAUUACUGGGAUCCUUACUGAUAUGGUCUCCCACCACUACCAGCCCGCAUUCUUUGUGUUUCUCAUCAUACCCGUACAAUGCGAUCCUCCGAUUAGGCAUUUGCCUAGCUGUAAACCCGUAUGAA